UUGAGGAUGAGACCUGGAGCGUGGGCCUGAGCCAGCAGCUGAGCCAGCAGCUGGGCAGCUCUGCCCCCGGCUCCUGGCAGAAGGUUUGUCUCCUGCCCCACACCGGGACUCUGCCCACGCAGGCAGUUUUCACUGCUUCACCCCCAAACGGCGCUUCCCCCCGUGCUGCCCCGGCCUGGCACUGCGGGCAGUCCCGCCUGCUCCUGGGGGAGUCGGGUCAGUCUGGGGCCAGCCCUCUCCUGACAGGUCGGGCUGUGACCGCAUCUCGGGCUCAGCCUCUUCUCGUUCAGCUUUUCCUCUACAAGGCUCUCGGGACAGCGCUGGCAGGUUGUCGGGACCUCAGCCACGUCCAAGGGCAGGUGCUGAGGUUCCUCCAGGACACAGACUCUGCGGAGCUCUCUGAGACCCAGGGGAUGAUUUCUGUGGUGUCCCAUGCUGCUGAGACCCACUUCAACCUGGUCUUGGACACAGUGACCGCUUUUACCAGAGACAGGUUUUAUGAGACUUCCACGGGCUGGAAGGCACAGCUGCCGCAGGGCACAGAGAGACCUCAGGCCACUCGUGCUGCUCUGAUGUGCGUGUACAGCGGCAUCGCUCUGCGUGCCCCCAGGGAGCAGCUGCUCGCCCGUGUGGAUAGGGAGAUCAUGGGCACCAUCCUGCAGCUCUCCAGAGUCACACAGAGGGAGAUGCAGCUCAAGCUCGCCCUGGUGCAGAGUGUCACUGAGGUCAGCUCUGCCAUCCAGACUGUGGGUGAUGCUGGCAGCUUUGAGCUGUCCUCGAAGCAGGAGGUGACACAGACCCUGCUGGACUGGAUCAAGGAGGAGCCUGCGGACUCCCUGGUGUACGGAGUGUUUCAGGCCCUGGAGGAGUUGAGCAAGCUGAGGCCAGCGCUGAGCAGGGAGGAGAACCGCAGCCUGCUGGCAGUGUGCUGCCAGGCUGUCCUGUCCUCUCCUUCCUUCCUCUUAAAUGGGGAAAACAUCUGUGAAGCUCCUGCUAGAACAGCUGCAGAGUGGUGAAGAAUGAAUGUGGGACAAAUCACGUUUGGAUGCUUCACUCCUGCCACUUUCAGUCAAUAAAGGAGCCAAAUAACAUGCUUGUGAUUUAUAAACAUUAUUUUAAUGUUCAUGGCUUUUACAUGUUACACAUCCCAGGGUCUCAACUGCUGCAGUUCAUAUAACGUACGGUGAACAGGGAGGCGCUGAGUGUCCCAAAGCACGCCUCAAAUCUGUAGGAUACUCUUACCUGGAAACCUCAUUGGACAUUUACUCUUUGGUUUCUGAGUGUGUUCAACUAGGUAGUAGUUUAUUUUUAAUGCAUCGUAUUAAAUUGAUUUUAAACCACUUUUUUCUAAUCUGUAAAAUAUGCAAUGUGACUCAAUAUGUUUGAAUUGAAAUGAUUUGUCAGGUGACACGUAGUGGAAAUAAUCUUUAUUAUGACAGUGAUGUUUUUCUCAAGUAUUUUGCCAAGAAAAGUGAAUUUCUCAGAUUAAAUGGGUAGAAGUCAGCCAAUACCUUUUUCAAAGAAUGUGAGUUUGUCUCCACCUCUGUGACUAGUUGGAAGUAUUUGAGUAUACAUAAUGUAUACAUUAAAAACAAUUAAAGGCAUCGCUGAUGUUAUACUUGUUGUGUGUGGAUAUUUUUUCCUGUUGCUUCAUAGUGGUCCAGGCAAACUCAACAAAACACACCAGCAGAGUGUGAGUCAGUGCACCUGAAGCUGGAUCAUGUAGCCUUGAUCUUUAUCACAAGAGACGUGUGAUUCAAUCAAACUCAACGAAUAUUGCUGAACUGAUAUAUGUCCACCUGUAAAAUAAUCACUGCAUGCUCAGGUUCAGUCUGUAUAGUUAUGACAACAUCGUUUAGAUAGCAGCAACUUUUAACCUGUUUUUUUCCCUGCUAAAUAAUUUGUGAAGAUAGAAUGAAAGGAAAAGAUGAGCAUAUUCCAUUCAAAAGAAAGAA